AUGCAUCUCAAUCUAGCUUUUGUGGCUAUCUCGGCCAUUUCAAGCGUGUUAGGAGCUGAGCUCGGGAACUCCGGAGCUGAUUUCGAGGAAUACGGUAAGCAUACCAAUCAAUCUUUGCUUUGGGCCCCGUAUCGGUCCAACUGCUACUUUGGAAUAAGACCACGGAAUGUCAAUGAGAGCCCAUUGAUGAUGGGCCUUAUGUGGUUUGACUCCUCGGAGGUCAAGGGAGUAAACCAGUUGAGGCAUUUUGUGGAUACAGGGGACAAACUGGAUAAGUACGGCUACGAAUCUUACGAUCCAAGACUUGGUGGCAAAGAAGUCAUCAUAGAUGGUGCGAACAACCUCAACCUGACUAUUCACUUUGCGAAAAGUAGAAAUGGUGAAAAUUGGGGUGCCAGGAUAUAUGGCGCUCCUCUAGAUGCGUCUAAAGCCAAAAUCCCUUCCUUAAUCUUGUACCUGAAUCAAAAUGGUGAGGGAAGUCACCUAAGUACCGAUUUACUUAAACGCCAGGACAAAAAAACUAUAAACCUGGAAGGUUCCGCUCUCGAGCUAGGCGACUAUGAGAUUAAGAUCAGUGACAACUUUGGCCAGUACUACGAAAGAGGACCUUCUGUGGCUCACGAUCUGGACAGCAGCAAACCAUCACACUUCUCGUUUAAUGUUCCAGAUGAUGAGGUCUGGAAAGCACGAGACAUAUUCCAGACCAUGCUAACCGAGUCGGUCCAAAAAAUGGUGCUCUCAGGCACCAAAAUGAAUCCUCUGUCGUUGCCAUCUCUACUUAUGAUCAGAAAUCUCAACAACUUCGCACCAGGAAAUUUCCAUUUCGUUCAAAAGACGUUCGAUUCCCACCAGCCCUUUGAAUUUGAUGUUAUAUUCAACAAGAAAGGCUCGAAGCAACCAAUAAGAUCCAGUGGAGAGCUAACCACGCUCAUAUCCUGGACCAUGAGCGAACUUGAUGCGCGUUUUAACAAUAAGUUUUCAAUAGCAGACCCUGACCUCAAGAGAUUCGCACAAGAGACCUUAGCCAAUCUCAUGGGUGGCAUCGGUUAUUUCCAUGGCACCCAAAAGGUCGACCGCACUACAGAGUUCGAUGAAGAGCAAUUUGAAAAAAUAGACUUGAAAGAGGCCAGAGAGGAAGGACCUCUUCAACUGUUUAGCUCUGUUCCAAGUAGAGCAUUUUUUCCCCGCGGAUUUUACUGGGACGAGGGAUUCCAUUUACUCCAAAUGAAGGAGUACGAUUUCGAUUUAACAUUAGAAAUCUUACAAAGUUGGUUUGCCCUAAUUGAAGAUGAUAGCGGGUGGAUUGCUCGCGAACUAAUCUUGGGAAGCGAGGCCAGAAGUAAAGUACCUGAGGAAUUUCAAGUGCAGAACCCCAAUAUCGCAAACCCACCAACUCUGCUGUUAUGUUUUAGUGAAAUGCUAACGCUAGCCCUCGAAGAAAAUUUGAUCGAUGAUGGGCUAAGUCAUGAGAUGUCAGUUACGGGUGUGGAGACAGGGGAACUGCUUAGACGGCCUGAAUUGUUGACCCUGUAUGCCGAAAAAAUAUACCCCAAAUUGCUAAGACAUUAUGAAUGGUGGACUGACGGCCAGAGAGGCUAUGCCGAAGAAUAUAUAGAAUCUUUGGGUUUGAAAAUGCAUCCAGAAGAAGUGUUCAGAUGGGUGGGAAGAACGUUCACACAUUGUUUGCCCAGCGGGCUUGACGACUACCCUCGUGCCCAACCGCCAGAUGUUGCGGAGCUCCAUGUGGAUGCUCUUUCUUGGGCCGGGGUCAUGACUAGAUCUAUGAAGCAAAUUUCACAAGUGUUGGGACUAACGGAAGAAGUCCAAAGGCUCGCUAAGAUUGAAGAAAACAUCGUGGAUAAUUUAGAUUCUAUUCAUUGGAAUGAGCAGAGCCACACUUACUGCGAUGUGACCAUUGACGACGACCUCGACGAAGUGCGAAAAUUUGUGUGCCAUGAAGGAUACAUCUCUUUGAUGCCAUUUGCCCUCAAACUCGUGCCCAAGGAUUCUGAAAAGCUGAAGUGGUUUGUAGAGUUGAUGGGCGAUACUACCAAGAUUUUUAGCGAGUACGGCAUUUUGUCCUUAUCCAAACAAGACAGUUAUUUCGAAACGGGGGAAAUUUACUGGCGCGGUCCCGUUUGGAUCAACAUGAACUACCUCUUUUUGGACAGCUUGGCCUUCUAUUUCCAGGACAGCGAUCAACAACAAGAUGCCAUUACAGUGACAAAGGCCAAGCAACUCUACCGUGAUUUGAGAGAAAACCUGAUUUCCAACAUGUACAAAGUUUGGGACGAAGAUGGCUACGUGUACGAGAACUACAAUCACAAUAAUGGACGUGGCUCAGGAGUGCAGCAUUUCACGGGCUGGAGCUCACUAAUAGUCAACAUUCUGGGCCGGUUGCCUGAAGAGUUAUAA